GCGGCAGUGUCAUAUUGGACAUCGCUGUAAUGGAAAGGUUAAAAGAAACCUUGUUGAAAUGAGAUGAGAAAGGAUUGACUUUAUGUUUAGACAGUGCCCGGGGCUGCAGUGGGAUGGGUUUUGGGGGAUGGAGUGCAGAAAGAGUGGCUGAAACUGCGUCUCCUCUUCCUCCUGUUGGCAGAACAGGGUGAGGCUAUUGGCUUGGUGUUGGCAUUUGACCUUGCUUUUCCUUGUCUGGUUGGGAGACCCCCCCCAAGUUUGGAACGUCUGUACAUGGAAUAUGAAGAGGAUGAUGAUAUUUCCUUUGCAAAAUGGAUGAGCAGCUUCUGGGGCCACAACUUGAUCGAUGAGAAUGAGAAAGAGGGUAGAGGCCACAAGAAACGCCAGACACGACCCUUUAGUGAAAGGAGAGCCUCCCUUCCGUUUAAGCACUGCUCAAGGUCGGAUCCUGGGAGCCGGAGACCAAGGGGCGUUCGCUAAAGAGGCACCAGAUGUAGGCACGAGGCCGCUGCUGGGGCAAGGACAGGAGCAGGCCAGGCUUUCCUCCCUCCAUACAGCUCGACUUCAUGCUUCUACCAAAGGCUCAUCUUCAGGCCAUCUUAAGGGCUCCAAGGAAUUUCAAGAAGACCAAGAUGUCAAAUGCCACUGCCACAGGAAGGCAAGCAGAACACCUUCAGCAGACAGCUCAUGUCCAGAGACAAGAUCAAACUCCAUCCAGGAAUUUGCAGAGUCCUUUGAAAAGCAAUUGCAUCUCAAAAGCAAACGCUCAGUUUCUUUGCAACCUGAAGGUAUGAAGGAGAGAAGAGAAAGAGAAAGAUUGCAUUUGAGAAAAAGCAAGUCUCACAAGAGAAUGGGAGAGAAAUCAGAGCCAAGGAGAGAGCAGGAAGAAGAUGAAGGUUCAGAAGUUGUACCUGCAAAACACAACGAACAGUUUCCAUCACAAGCAACCAUUGAGAAAGGAUAUUUAUGCACAGGCAGCUAGAAUGUGUUGAGAUAAUGAAUUUUAACACUCCCCCUGAAAAGCAGAGGGAGUGUUCUUGUUUUGUCUUGACUAGAAGAGGCCUGUUAGCUAGAAUAAACCCUAACCUGUAAAAUAAAAGUAAAAUUCAACUGCAUCAUUGACACCGUGUUACUACCUUCCUGUCUUUACUUUUGCCAUUAGGAAUGUGACCUUUGUCAUAGGAGGAGUGUAUCUGUAGCAAGAUCCAAGUUAGCAAUUAACCACCGUAAGAGGGUUUUGGGCAAAUUUAGCAUUGUGGCAGGACAAUGGUGGAUGUGUUCAUUUAAGAGGAGAGCAUGUCUGCAUUACAGAGCCAUGCAAAGUCAUCCAAAGCCUUAUGUUGCUCUUUUAAUUGAAAACAGGCUUAUUGGUAGGUUUGGGAAGGAAAAAGUGCACAUAAACAACCACCUGCUUCCUGGCCCUGACAUUCACUUAGAUUUGUCUUAGAAACAGGUAUCUUUUUGCUUUGACAAUCUUCCGACUCCAAAUUUAUGGAAGUAAUAGAAGGGAAGCCCACAUCUUCUCUUCUAUACCUCCCUAUCACCGUGUGAUAUGACUCUUGUUUCUCUGGCAUCCCCCAGCCCUCUCCCAUGUCCUCCGUCCCACUUCCCCAGUUGCACAACUAGUUCUUUCUCCCAGCUUUAACCUCAUCAUCUUGCUUCUUUUGUGGCCUUCCCCCUCUCCAUUUACUACUUUAUAGCCCUGCCUCGUAGCUACCAACCUCUUUUGCUACAUCUCUAGUUUUGCCUCAUCAAAAUUUGAGCCUUGCUGAAAGGUAUCAGGUAAAACCAGAGAUGUUCUGCCUCUCAUACUUCUCUAUAACCUCUUCAAGGGGUUGCCACACAUUCAGGGUGAGGCAUUGCAACCCUUUUCCCUUUUUUCCUUUUCUAGAACUAGGGCCAAACCAAGGGAAUGGGAACUGGCUCUGUCUAUGGUGAGCAGGACUUAAGAAAAAUCUCUUCCAUCUGGCUGAAGAUCUCUUGAACUCAGAUAUAAAUCUCACCAACUAUAAGUAAGAUUUCCUUCUAUGCAGAGGAAAUUCACCUCCACAUGUUCAUAAACACAUACACACUCCCACACUCCCCCCAUGGCCCACUUCUUCAACAUGCAAGUCCUCCCUGCAGAGAAGAGCCCUGCCCUCUUUGGGAAUGAUUUCCCCAGGCCUAGUGUAGAGAAAGCCUGCUUUGGAUAAUAUGGUUAGAGAAGAGUGAAGACCAAUGAAGUCAUGCGCAAAAGUCAAAGUCUGCUGUGUAUUCUUCUUGUGAUUUUCUGUAAUUACAAAGAUAUUAUUAUUUUACUUUAGAGCCUUAAUUUUGAAUGUUCAACCUUUUAAAAGCUUAGGGCAUCCUUAAAACUUUGUAACACUUACCUCCAUUAAAGGAUUGUUUUUCUUUUUAAGUAGGGCUUUGGGGGAUAUAUAAGAAAGCAAUCAAACCCUUGCUGAUGCUUGUAAAUUGCUUCUUGUCUGGUAACAUAUAUUAUAAACUAAUAAAUCUGACUGAAAAAUGU